UUUGUCACUGAGAUUGUCGGUACUUCACUAAAAAUUAAUUAACAAUUGUAUAAAUAUAUUGUGAGACGUACAUCCUCUUUUAUCAUUUGAAAAAUGGCACUAACUAAUAUCUUGCUUCUAAGUCAAAUAUCUGGAUAUGUCGUUGCUCUUGUUUUGUCACUUUGUAUCAUCAUACCGAUGAGUUUGCAUCAGGAAGAAUUUAGAGGACAUUGCCUAUUGUUCUCAACUGGAACUUGGCAAGAGUCAGAUGGUCAAUUUGUAGUGAAUUGGGCUUCACGAGCUUAUUGUAAUUAUACAAUAUUUGUUGGUUUGAUGUUGUUAUUAACAUCUGCAAUACAAAUCUAUCGGCUUUCUGUAUUUAUGUAUCGUGGAGAAGAUAGUUCUUUCUUAUCUGCGUUCAUAGAUGUUGUUGGUACAAUAUUCCUUACAACAAUCACUUUAAUUGCUGCAAUUAUUAUUACACUUGGAUUUAUGACAUGGUGUCAGUGUAUGACUAAAAGAUUUCCAUCAUGUGAAUUGGCAGCUGGGAAUGAUAUUGAUAAAGCUGAUAAUAUAAAUACAUCUGGUUUUCAUAUUGAAUUAGGUGCAGCUCAGUUUGGUAGUUGGACCAGUUUAUCUAUUUGGGUUGGCUUGUCAGUGUUUGCAGUAUUAAAAUUGUUACGAUAUCAUCAAUUAGAAAACAUGAAAGUUUCAAUGUAUAGGGAGAGACAAAGAUUAAUAGAAGCUGCUAGUAGCAAUGAGAUACAAGAAUCGACUUAAACAUAUAAUUAUGCAAAAUGUUUAAAUCUUAAGAUGGUAGUAUUUUUUUAUCCUAUUAUUUGUAUUCUUCAGAGAAAUAUUUAUAUCCAAUGAAAUCAGUUUCCUAA